CAAGUCACAAUAUAAAUGUUCAUUUGCUUGUUUUGUGUUAACGCUAAUAAUACCACCACGAUAUAUAAUUAUGGAUUGGAGUAGAUGUUCCCACUUCCCACUCUCUAGACUCUCUUACGUUUUACAUUAAAUUACAUUCAGUUCCGCUCUUUCACACUAAAACCCACAUCACUUAGCAAAAGAAGCAACAUGGAUUUGAUGAUGCACAAACUCUCCUUUCUAUCACUACAUUUACUUUUAUUAUUACUACUCUGUCUCCAUCCUCUCACCAUCAUAGCCGACGGCAAUUCCACCACCGUCAUUGACCGGUGGUGCAACAAAACUCCUUACCCGAACCCAUGCAAACACUACUUCAAAAACCACAAUGGUUUUAGAUCGCCGACACAGCUAUCCGAGUUCCGAGUAAUGCUGGUCGAAGCAGCCAUGGAUCGGGCCAUAUCCGCUCGGGACAAGCUGACUCAUUUCCGGCAAAACUGUACUGACUGCCUGAAACAAGCCAUUUUGGCCGACUGCAUCAACCUCUAUGGAGACACUGUACUACAGCUAAACUGGACGCUGCAGGGCGUGUCUCCAAAAACCGGUGCUGGAAGACGGUGCACCGAUUUUGAUGCUCAGACCUGGCUGAGCACCGCACUUACUAACACCGAGACUUGCCGACGCGGCUCCUCUGAUCUCAACGUCUCAGAUUUCACCACCCCAAUCGUUUCAAACACCAGAAUCUCCCACUUAAUAAGCAACUGCCUAGCCAUCAACGGAGCCCUCUUGACCGCCGCAAAUAAUGGUACGACCACCGCAGAUCCGGAGGAUUUUCCGAUGUGGGUUUCCGGUAAAGAGAGAAAACUUCUACAGUUGCAAUCAGCGCGUGCCAUUAAAGCCAGCGUAGUGGUGGCCAAGGACAGAUCGGGACAUUUCAAGACGGUACAAGCGGCUAUUGACUUGGCUGCACGGAGAAAGGUGACGUCAGGGAGGUUUGUGAUAUACGUGAAGAAAGGGAUAUAUCAAGAAAACAUAAACGUACGUCUUAGUAACGAUAACAUAAUGUUGGUCGGAGAUGGAAUGAGAUAUACUAUUAUCACCGGAGGUUGGAGUGUCAAAGGAGGUUACACCACUUACAGUUCCGCCACUGCCGGUAUCGAGGGACUUCACUUCAUAGCCAAAGGUAUAACAUUCCGAAACACGGCGGGUCCGGCUAAGGGCCAGGCCGUGGCACUCCGGUCAUCCUCAGACCUCUCAGUCUUCUACAAAUGCUCCAUCGAAGGAUACCAAGACACACUAAUGGUCCACUCGCAACGCCAGUUUUACCGCGAGUGCUACAUCUACGGAACCGUCGAUUUCAUCUUCGGAAACGCAGCUGUCGUUUUCCAAAACUGUAUUAUCCUCCCACGCAGACCGCUCAAAGGCCAAGCCAAUGUAAUAACCGCACAAGGUCGUGCUGAUCCUUAUCAGAACACAGGGAUUUCUAUCCAUAACUCCAUAAUCCUACCGGCUCCUGAUCUAAAACCACUGGUCCGUAGCGUUAAGACGUACAUGGGCCGGCCUUGGAUGAAGUACUCACGCACCGUGGUUAUGAAGACGUAUUUGGAUAGUUUUGUGAGUCCGGUUGGGUGGUCUACGUGGGUUAAAGGUUCUACGUACGGUCUUGACACGUUGUUCUAUGCGGAGUACAAGAAUAUCGGACCGGGUUCGUCCACGAGGUGGCGUGUACGUUGGAAAGGGUUUCAUAUGUUGAGUAGAGUUUCUGAUGCAUCUGCUUUCACUGUUGGAAGGUUCAUCGCCGGUUCUACGUGGCUCCCACGCACCAGCAUACCCUUUGCUUCCGGACUCUAAAUGAAGACCGUCUUUCGUUUUCCGUGCUUAAAUUUAUAAUGAUGUAAAAUUUUGCAAUCUUGAAUAUAC